AUGCAGCUACAGCAGACCUCUCAGUUCUUUCGCUCCAGGACACAAGGUGGCUCGGAGCUCUCCCUAGCCCAGCGGCAGGCCUCCCAGCCUGACCACACCUCCCACGACCUCUCCUCACUCCCCAACCACCUGGAGGUCCCAGUAACAGAACCAGGGAACCAAAUACACACACUUCGAAUGGGACAUGAACAGACUGGAGCUGGGUGUGAGAGCCUAGAACAAUGUAUUGAUCCUGAGAUGGAUGUACUGAUGCACACAUUGAGGAGAGAGCUGCUAGAGGAGAGGGAGAAAAACCAGCUCAUUCUUUCCCAACUAGAAGAGGAGAGGAAAGGGAGGGAGGAGGAGAGGAGAGAGAUCCACCAGUACACGGAGGAGAAGGAGGUGUUGAAUAGGGAAUUGCAGGAGCUAAGGAGGAGACUGGAGGAGGAGGCGAGGGAGAGAAAGAACGAGAGGGAGGAUGAGCGAGAGAUCAGGGAAAGGCAGGAAGAGGAGAAGAGGAGACUUGGAGAGGAGGUGCAGAGAGUCAGACAGCUGUUGGGGGAGAGAGGGAGAACGAGGGAGGAGUUGGGAUUCAAGGCUUCUAAAGACAAACUGAACCAGGCAAAGGCUAGUGUGGAGGAGGAGGAGGAGGAGGAUAGAGGGAGAGAGGAGUGCCUUCUGGACGUGUCCCUCCCAACUGAUGGCACCCCGCUGUUGGAGCGCUACUUGUCCUCGGCCCUCCCCUCACACUCAUCCUGGGCCAAUGAAAGUCUGGAGGAGUGCAGCCUGCUGGACGAGCACAACCUGCUAGACAACUCUGGCAACUACAGGUUUGAGCUGGACAGUGAUAUCGUUAGUGGUGGUCACCAAUCCCAGCUGUCCUUUUCGCAGGAAGAACAAACUCACUUUUCCGUCCCACCAUCCACUGCACAGUCCCCCCACCCUGACCCUGAGAACGAAACCUUGCCCUCUUUCACCUCCCAGUGGCAGAACGACCCCUUCUCUGUCUCACGAGACCCCAGCGAGACCUCUGAGAGACUCAGUGAGACGUCGGAGAGUCAGGAGGUCUCAGACCUGGGCAAGGAGCUGCUCAUCCAGCAGUGUGGAGACCUCAGGGAGGAGGUGGCUCUGAGGGAGAGGGAGAAGGAGGUGGUGAUGGAGGAGUUGAGGAGGAGCGCUGAGGAGCUGGAGGAGGCCAGAGCCAGGUGGGCCCAGGUCUCUGAGGAGCUGCAGGAGGUGCACUGGGAGCUUGAGGAGGAGCAGGAGAAGAGGAGGAGAGCUGAGGAGGAGGUCAGCCUGAAAACACACGAGGAGGACAAUCUGAAGAACAGACUCUGCACCUUACUGGAGGAGAGAGAGAAAGAUAUGGAGAAACUCAACUCCUCUCCUCUCCUKGAAAAGGAGGGAGGUACCCUCCUCCCCAGCCAGGAGCGAGUGAUGGAACAGCUAAAAGAGGAGYAAUCUCUCCUCCUCUCUCGUCUAAAACAGCAGGAAGAGCUGCUCUCCUCUGUCCGGUUGGAGAAAGGAAGCAACAAGGAGAAAGAGGGGGAGCUGAGGGAGGUGGAGGAGGAGAAGAGUGUCCUCCUCUCCAGGUUGAGGCAGCAGGAGCAGCUGGUCUCCUCUCUGCAGGAGGUGAAACAGGCAGGAGACUCUGUCUCCUCUGAAGUCCAUGCUCUGUUUGGACGACAGCUACAGUCACUACAGACCCAUCGUGACCAGCUUCUAGCCCUGCUGGAAGAAACUAAAUCCAGGCACAAAACCACCACUGCCCUCCUCGGUCAGAAAACCCUGGAGCUCGACACCGCUCAGAAAGAGAUGGACAYAGUCCAAAAGGAGGCGGAGACAGCGAGGCAGGAGGCGGAGGAGAGGGAGAGGAGGAUAGAGCAGACAGAGAGGGAGAAAACAGAGGUAGAGUCUGAGUUGCUGUGUCUGAGACAGAACAUGCGUAACCUGGAGGAGGUGCAGGCCCAGGGAGCGAGGGAGGAGGGCAGAAGGAGAGAGGAGGAGAUGGACAGAACCACGCGGAGGAUGGAGAAGGUGAUGGCGGAGGAGCUGGAGGAGUUCCAGAGACAGCUCCGAACCAAGGAGGAAGAGGUGGAGGAGGAGCGGGAGAAGUGGGAGGAGGAGAGGCAGGAGAAGGACGAGGAGGUGCAGGGGGUGAGACGCCUGCUGGAGGAGCAGCGGAGGGAGAGGGAGCAGGAGGUGAAAGCGCUCCUGGAGCAGCAGAUGCGGUCUGUGGAGGAGGCCACAGAGAGACUGAGGAGAUCUCACAGUGAGGACGUGCAGGAGCUGCAGGAGAAACACCAGGAGGAGGUGUCUGAGCUGAGCAGCCGUCUGGAGAGAGAGCUGUGUGAGCAGAGGCACAGUCUGGAGGAGGAGCAGAAGAGACAGAUCAGCCUGAUCAAACAGGUGAACGAGAGAGAACACCAGAGGAUGCUGUUGGAGAUGAUGUCACAGCAGAGGGAGGAGCUUAGCCGUUUGAAGGCUGAGCUAUCAGGGGAACAGAGGGAGAGCAUGGAGGCAGCCCACCAAGCAGAACUACUGCAGAUACAGAGCCAACAGGCCCUGGAGCUGGAGGCGCUGCGUCUGAGCCUGACCAACCACCAAACGACCCAGCUAGAGCUCUCCCAGGCCAACCUGCAGCGGGAGCGGGAGGCCUCUCUAAGCGAGCUCCAGGCUUCCCUCAGGGAGAAGUGGGCCCAGGAGAGGGCCGUGCUGCAGGCCAGACAGCAGUUUGAGGUGGAGAGGCUGAGAGCUGAGUGUGAGGAGAGGAUCCAGCGAGAGCAGCAGGAGUAUCAGAGGAACAUGGAUGCUCUGAGGCAGGAGUGUGAGAGUCGUGUCUCCCAGGAGAGAGCGUCCAUGGAGGAGCGGCAGGCUGCAGAAAUAGUGGCCUUGAGGUCCCGUUGGCAGCAGGAGUCAGAGAAGGCCCAGUCAGAGCUCCAGACACAGCUGUCAGGGGCUCAGGCAUCACUCUCUACCCAGGCAGCCUUCACCCAGACUGGGGCAGAUCUGUCCGAGGCCCYGGCUAGCCUGGAAGAGCUCCAGAGGCUGGAGGGGGAGCUGAGCCAGGCCUGGAUCGAGAGGGACGCUGCUGCCCGUGCAGUAGAGGAUCUGGUGUCCAGACAUCAAGUGGUGCUGCAGGAGAGAGAAGAGCAAACACUGCAGCUACAGCAGGAGGUAUGUUGUCUGCAUGGAGAGCAGGUAACUCUGAGACAGACUUGUGACCAGGAGGUCUCUCAGCUCUGGGCUCAGCUAGGCAACAUGAGGACCAGCCGCCAGGAACUGGGAGAGUUGAAGGAGCAGCUGCUAGCUCGUUCGUCGCGGGUGGAUGACAUCGAGCGUCUGAAGGCGGAGUUUAACGAGCAGAGGCGGGAGAUCAAUGAGCAGAAUGAGGUUGAGCUGGAGAACCUGAGGAGGUACUUUGAGCAGCGUCUGCGAGUAGCAGAGGAGAGCUACCGGGAGGAGAUAGCCCUGCUGCAGCUGAGACUGGUGGAGGGAGCCCUGGAGGACUCUGUACUCAAGACCCAGGAUGCUAGUUUCCUGUCUGAAGGGAGAGGMGAGGAGGAGAGGACCGAUAUUCUGGCUGAGAUCACACUGAAACUGGAGAAACACCAGGAGGCAUUUGACCAGCUGCGUAUCCAGUUGGAGGAGAGACACACUCAGGAACUGUCUAACCUACAGUCCUCUAUGGCCCUGUCCUACAGAGAGGAGCUGCUACAGGUGCGUUCGGACCUGACUGAUCGUUACUAUGGCGACCUGCAGGAGCUGAAGACUCGCCACGCCCUCGAGAUGGAACAACUCCGCGCUAAACUGUCAGACAGCAAUGUCAGAGAGCUGACGAGGGUGCGUCUGGAGGCUGCCAGACAGGUGGAGGUGGAGGUGGAGCAUAGGAUGUGGUGUCACUCUGAGGAGCUGCAGACCAGAACGACCAUGAUCCAGAACUUGGAGACACGACUGGCUGCCCUGGCAGACACACACAACCUGGAGCUACACUCACACACUAUGAAGUUGAAGCAGAGCUUUGCUGAGGAGCUGGGUGUGAAACUAGCAGAGGAACAUAAGGAGGAGAGGGAGCGAGUGAUGGAGGAGAUGACCCUGAGGAGAGAGGUGGAGGUGCAGAGGCUCAGACAGGCACUCCAAGAGGAGGAGGAGGCACGGGUCUCUGCCCUGAGAGAGGAGCUGGAGAGAGGGAUGGCGGAGGAAAGGAGCGCUCUGGAGAAAGGGAUUGAGGAGGCGAGAGCGGCGCUCAGGAGUCUACAAUCCUCACUGGACAACGACCUGAACCCCCAGGCGGUGGCAGUGAGACAGAGACUAGAGUCCCAGUACGAAGCUGAGCUGACCAGGGCCAAGUCCACCAUGGCUGCUGAGGUCAAGGAGUUGACUGCUCUGCUUCAGGAGCAGGGAGACCAGAGGCUAUGCCAAGCCCAGGACAGGUUCCAGGAGGAGAGGGGGGAGUUGGAGCAGCGUCUGGCCCAGCAGGGUGAGGUUUCUCUGGGGGAGCUGAGGGAGGAAUACAUGGCCGCCAUGGAACUCCUGAAAACCACGCUACUGACCAACCACACGAAGGACAUGGACACACUACGAACCAAUCACAAAGCAGAACUGGACUCCUUGUUGGCCAAUCACAAAGCUGAGCUCAAAGCAAUGGCAACGGAGAUCGCAACAAAACACGAGGAGCUUGUUGUCUUGGAAACCAGCCUAGAAUCAAAACGCAAGUCAGAGCUCGAUCGCCUGGAGGCAGUCCUAAAGGAAACCAAUCAGGUUCAGCUAGAGGCACAGGAGGCGGAGUUAGAACACCGGCAUCAGGAAGAGAYGGAGGAGCUGGAGAAGAGGAUGCUGGGUAAUAUGGACACACUGGAGACCACGUACCUGAGGGAGAUUCAGACUCUGCGCGAUCAGAAGUCUGCGCUUGAGGCGGAGCGUGAAAGGUCAAGGCUUAACCAGGAAGUGGAGAGGGAUGGGUUGGCGCAGCAGUCCAUCAGGGAGGAGCUGAGGAAGGAGCUGGCUCAGCUUCACAUGGAGAAGUUUAGCGCCAUGGCAACAGAGCUCAGCCACACCCACCAGAAUGAGUUGACAAUCCAGAAAGAGGCCUUAGAAGCUAAGUCGUCUGUCCAGAGAGAGGCCUUAGAAGCUCAGUUGUCUGUCCAGAGAGAGUCCUUAGAAGCUGAACACCACACGGCUCUGGAGGCUCUCAGGAAAAAGGUCUUGGAGUUGGCGCAACAGCACUGCACUGCCUUAGAGGAGCUCACACGCACCUACACCUCAGAGACACAGCAACUCAACACACAGCACCAGCAGCAGCUUCAGGAGCUAAAGAGUGCGUCUGCGAGAGAGCUACAGGCGUGUCGCCGGGAGCUGGAGGAGGAGUCAUCACGGCAACGGCUGCACUUCCUGGAAGAGGUUGAGCUUCUGAAGGCCCAAGCAGAGGAGAGACUUGAGCAGAAGACCAGCCAACUGAAGGCGGAGUUUGAGGAGCAGAAGGAGGCGGAGCUAGCAGAACAGAGGCAGAGCUUCAGGUCUGAGCACGAGCAGAAGGAACAAAGCUACACCGAUAAGAUGAGCCAGCUCACUGCACAACUGCUACAGCUGGACACUGUGGUGUCACAGCUGCGAGCGGAGGUGGGUAGUCUACAGGGGGAGUUGGAGGGGAAGAGGUCAGAGAUGGAGACCCUGGAUACACUCCUCCAACGGCGAGAACGAGAGAGUCAGGAGGGAGGCAACCUCCUCAACAUGCUUACUGAGGACCUACACACUGCCAAGGAGGAGAGGCAGUCUCUCCUGUCAGCUAAUGAGAGGCUGAGGAAGGUUCUGGUUGAGGUGGUUUUGAGCACCAUGGCAAUGGAGGAGCUAAUUGGCCGCCGGGUCAACGCCUGUGUCGGGGUCAAAGGUCAUGAUCAGGGUGAGAGUCCAGGAGAGGGAACAACCAAUCAGGAGACAGGUGUCUCUGUAUUAGACAUGUCGACCGGUGAUCUGGAUCUCUCUCAACGUGUGUGUGAGAGCCUCCUACUGGCAGAGUCCCAAACAAACUCUGGAGGAGAGGAAGCAGCCCUGGGAGAGGAGGCAGCCCUGGGAGCCUGCAGCCAACUACGCCACUCUGUGGACACACUCCUGGAGCUCCUCACACACGCUAACACACAGUUGGAGGAGUCUUGUUCUGUCCAUCUGUCUCUGGAGGAGAGAUUUUCCCAGGGCCGUUCAGACUCCUCCCAGAUGCUGCUCCAACACCAGCUCGUAUUGGAUCAGCUGGACCAGGAAGCGGGGCUAAAGAGCAAGCUCCAGCUGGAGCUCCACAAGGCCGAGGAGUCUUUGUUUUAUGUGUGUGUGUAUACUGUUUUUGUGUGUGUAGGUCUGUUGGAYGGCUAUGUYGCUGAGAAGGCAACCCUGGAAGAAUCUCUACAACAAAAGGAGGCUCAGGAAGAACGGCUUGUUGAGGAGCUAGAGGGCCUCKGGGCGCAGCUGCACCAGAAGGAAGGCCUCACCUCGGAGCUAGAGAACCUCAGGGUGCAGCUGCAGGAGCUCAGCGAGGAGCACAGUCUCCUCCAGCGCCAGAAGAUUCAUCUCACCGCCGGACUGGGAGAGAGAGAAAAGGGCCUCCUGGUUGAGGCAGAUCGUCUGGGCCAGGAGAGGCUGUGUGUGCAGCGGCAGGCGGAGAAAGACCGCAGCUCACUGUCGCUGCGCCUCAGGGCUCUGGAGACCGAGCUAGAGGAACAGGAGAACCAGGGCCUCACGGCGGAGCAGCAGCACAGGGCUCAAUCAGAGGACCUCCAGCAGCGCGUCCAGGCCCUCGAGAAACAGCUCAAACACGACAGGCAGUUUAUAGACGAGCAGGCAGUGGAGCGGGAGCAUGAGAGGGAUGAUUUCCAACAGGAGAUCAGAAAUCUGGAGGCUCAGCUCAGACAGCCAGCCAGACACUCUGCUGGGACCAGCAAGGGCCAYCGGAUUGAGGACUUGGUUCUGCAGGUGGAGAGCCUUCAAGCCCUCAUCAGGGACAAGACAGAAGACCACACCUCCCUGCUGGCAGCCAAUCAACAGGUCCAGCUCGAGGUUGCUGAGCGCAAUGAGGAGAUUGACAAGCUGGCUGGGCGAAUUAGGGAGCUGGAACAGGCGUUGCUGAGCAGCUCCGAGAGCAGCAGAGCUGUCAGUCAACUGGAGCAGGAGCUGCACAGAGCUCGGCAGAGAGAAGAGGAGCUCACACAGGAUAAGGAGUCAUUGCAGCAGCAGCAGUUGUCAAAUCGUCUCCAGAUUUCAGCGCUGCAGUCUAAACUGGACGAGACCCGUCACCGUUACCGUGACAACAACGCUGGCACCCCCGACCCCAUCCAGCUUCUCCGAGACACGUUGGACACGGCACAGCAAGACCUGCAGGACAAGGAGCAACAGGUGUGUGUUUUGGUUGGUCAAAUGGAGGAGACUCAGAGAGACCUGACCAUAAAAGAGGCGGAGUUAAACCACCUCACACUCCAGCUGGAGCUCCUGACCAAUCAGAACACGGAUACCAUCACCCAGCUUCACGACCAAGUCGCUUCUCUCAAAGAGACAGUUUCAGCCCUUACCUUUCGCCUGGAGGAGAGAGAGAUAGGAGAGGAGAAAGAGGAGAGUCUCCCAUCUGCUCUGUUAGAGGAGAAGAAUGACGAGAUAGACCACCUGACCCAGGAGAUACACAAGCUAGAACUGGAGCUGGAGACAGCCGGGGACAUCACGGCCUUCCAGACAGAACUGGAAGACCUCCGCUCCCAGGUGGAGCACCUCCGCUGUGACAUCAUCAGGGUGCGUCAGGACAAGCAGGAAGAGGAGGAGCGGCUUCAUGAGGUCAUCAGCACGCUACAGGCGGAGCUUAACACCCUUUGCCCCGCCUACCACGAGGUUAGCGACCUAUCACAAGAGGGCGACAGUGUUAACCCUUCGCCUGCUCCCAGCCCGGAACCUGCCAACUACCCCCAACCAGAGAGAGGAGGACCGAGAGGAGGAGAGGGCGACAGUCUUAAGCAGGAGAUGCGUCGCCUCCACUCCUCUUCUCAUUCUCGUUCUCUCCGUUCUCGUGUGGAGGCCCUGCAGGGGCAGCUGGAGGUGACGGUGGGAGAGAAGGAGGCGAUGGAGAGACUGCUGCUCUCUCAGGAGGAAGAGUACAGAGGACAGGGGGAGGAGAUGGGGAGGAGGCUCAGGGAAGAGAGGGAGAGAGGGGAUGAGGUAAAGAGAGAAUUCAAUCUAAAAGAGGCUGAGCUUGAAGAGGUGAGAGCCAGGAAAGAAGGGCUGGAGGAGGAGAGGGAUGCAGCUAUGGAGGAGAGUGGUCGCUGGCAGGCUCUUGCCCAGGAGACUAACUCCCUGCGAGGGGAGAAAACUCGGCUAGACUCCCUGGUCCUGGAGCUAAAAUCAAGGGUUGAAGAGCGGGAGAAAGAGACUGAAGCCCUGCUACAGACCGUGGUGGCUGUCGAGACGGCGAAGGCAGAACUUUCGUCAGAACGCGAGGCCCUGCGGAAGAGGGAGUGCCGACUCCAAGAGGAAAUAGAACGCCUCCAGCAGGAAGUGACKUCUCAGAGGGCCUGCCUCCAGGAAGUCAGCCGUCAGCUAGAGGAGAGGCGAGCCAACCAGGAGGAGGCUCAGAAGGAAGUGRUGACGUGUGCUGAGGAGACUCUGGCGAAGGCUGACGCUGCCCUGAGACAGAGGGAGGAGGAGCUACAGAGACUAGGGGCGGAGCAUCAAGCCCUGGGGGCUGAGUUAGCAGCUGUGAAGGAGGGUCUUUGCUCCAGCACGGAGAGAGCUGAGAAACUACUGGAGGAGGGACAGACCAAAGACCGGGCACUGGCUGACCUGGAAACGAAUAACCAGCAUCUGAAGGUGGAGCUCCGGGGCCUACAGGAAGACCUGGCCGUGCAGGAAGAGGAGCUGGCCUAUCAGCAAGGAGAACUGCUGCAGCUCAGACAGACCAGCAACCCGCACAACAGACAGACACACUCAUUGAAGGACAUCACGCCCAGAGGAUUCCAGGACGGUGUGUCUUGCAACGGGUCCCUGAGUUCUCCCGAGGUUCUCCGUCGACUGGACUGUUCUGAGGAGAGAACCAGAGAGGACAGGUUCCACCCCUCUGUUGUCCACGGUUCUAGACUGUCUGACCUCAGUGCUUUAAACAGCACAGGCCUGGAGCUCCAGGCUAAAGCCUCCCCCAGAGUAAGGCAAGACCAGCCCUGCCCAGGGACGAUCAGCCCAGAGCUGGGCACACACAGCACCCACUCCCCUGGGUCCAUCUCUGCCUCGGACAAUCUCUCCAUGUUGGACUCAAUGGACGCUGACAAGGUGCAUGAGCUGGAAGCCCUGGACCUGACGGCCCCUCCCUCAUCUCUUGGCUCCGCCUCUUCUCUGUCCGCYACGGAGUGGGCCAGUGAUGGAUAUGGCAGCAAUGUCAGUUCAGAGCUCGGUGUUAGACUCAAGGUAGAGUUGGAGCAGACAGAGAGACUGGAUGCUCAGUUCUUGGAGUACCUGCGUUGUCGAGGCAUGAACCCCGCAACCAACACACACACCGACAACACACGCACAGACAGUGCCGCCGGGAGUAUGAACUACAGCGACGAACUGUUGUCUCCUGAACUACAAGGUCUGUUGAAGAGAGUGUACCAGGAGAGCUGCAGGGUUCUCGCCCUCUCCCAAAGUAAAGCCCCUUCCUACUCUAACCACCUCUCAUUGGACCAGACGAUCUGUCAGUUAGACUCUAAAGCUCCUCCAAUGGGUUGGGAGCAGGAGAAAAGGGCGUUACAGGAAACUGUCAUCGCUCUGAGAGAACUGCUCUGUAGGAUGGCACAGAUACCGGAGAACUCGGUGGAUGCUGGUUGGAGCAGAGGGCUGCAGGCUGCAGUGAGGGGUGUGUUUGACUGUGAGAGGGCAGGGCUUCGCUCUGAGCUGCAGGCUUUUCUCUCCUCCCACCCUGAGAUYGACUCCACCCACCUCCUCCGUCAGCUGGAAACACUGCUACAGAGACAAGAGGAGCAGCAGCGUGUUGUGGGGGAGCGUCUGCUCUCUGCAGACAGACACGCUCUGCAGCUGCAGCACUCUCAGGAGGUGGAGUCAUCUAAAGGGGAGGUGUUAUCCAGGCUGAGGGCGGAACUAGAGGAGAACAGAGAACGACUUAACUCCUCCCACAGCACCCAGCAGGAACUACAAAGCGAGAUCCGCAAUCUCCGGCUGUGUAUAGAGGACUGUGAGGAGGCUGUAAGGAGGGAGGAGACCAGAGUCCAGGAGCUACAGCAGGAGCUGGACCAGGAGAGAACUCACACACACCUCCGGGAGAAGGAAGAGGAGCAGCAGAGAUCAGAGGUCGUGACCCUGAGGGGUCAGCUGGACCAGGAGAGGACGACCUCUAGUAACCUCCGACAGGAACUCCAGAUAGAACUCUCCCGCGGCCACCUCCUCCAAUCACAGCUUGACACACGUCUAGCCGAUGCCCAUAAGGAGCUGGAGGAGGAGUGCGCCCGUUCCGCCCGGCAACUCAACACUUUCCAGUCACAGGAAAAGAGUCGGCUGGAACACUUCCUGAAAGAGGCUCAGUCCCGCCUAGCCGACGCCCACAUGAAGAAACUGGAGGAGGAACGCGAGCGCUCUGCCCGGUGUCUCGAUGACAUCACACGCAGACAAGAAGCGGACGUGUCCCGAGACAGGAAGUUCAUCUCUGAGCUCCGCUCUCAGCUGGAGCAGGAGAGGAGGCAGGGGGAGGAGCUAGCCACAGUGACAGACGGGCUGAGGGCGGAACUUCUGCAGAACCGGAGGAGAGUAGAGGAGGAAGAGAGGAAGAGGAGAGAGGAGGCACAGAGAGAUCAGGAUGCUGCAGCCCGCCUCCGAGUUACUAUGGAGACACUCAAGGAGCAGAAGCAGGAGGCUAGUCGAGCAUUGGAGACGGAGAGAGAGCGUUCUGGUCGCUUAGGGGCGGAGCUCAAAGUGCUGAGGGAGAGGCUUCGAUCGGUCAAUGACAAGGAGAGGGAGCGGGAGGAACAGAGGGAGAGGGAGAGGAGGAAGGAGAGACAGGAGCAGACGGAGAGAGAGAGGCGACACGAGAGGACCAGCAACAAACUGUGUGAAUUGGAGUUAUUGCGGCAGCAGGACCAGCAGAGGAUGAGAGAUCUCCAGCAGACUCUGGCUGAGCUAGAGAGGGAGGAGAGAGAGAUGGCCACAGAGAGACUGUCCAACCGACACCAGUACAACUCCAGCCCACUCCAACCCAAGAAUAACASCUCGACUGGGCCAGACCAGACCAGCACAGCCCUAUACAACCACCAGUCUUCCUCUUCUUCCUCGGCACUGGGGGAGAGGUUGUCGAGGGAGAACUCUGACCUGUCGGCCUGCGUGAAGGAGCUGAGUCAGGAGAGGGUUAACCUGAAACACACCCUGUCCUGUCUGGAACGACAACUACGACAGGCAGAGACUGAGAACCGGCCCAGCACUGACCUCAGCAACAGCAAGUUCCAGCGACUGUAUCAGCGCUAUCUACGGGCUGAGAGCUUUAGGAAGUCUCUGGUCUACCAGAAGCGCUACCUCCUGCUGCUGCUGGGGGGCUUUCAGGACUGUGAACAGGCAACUCUCUGUCUUAUCGCCCGGAUGGGGGCGCACCCCUCGCCCCCCCACGCCCACACACACUCUCCCCUCUCGCGCUUCAGAGCUGCAGUGCGAGCUGUCAUCGCCAUCUCACGACUGAAGUUCCUGACCAGGAAGUGGCAGAGAGUCGUCAGGAGAGGAGUUACAACUACUGUCACUGUCAACGGACACAGUACAGCUUCCAGGACUGAGGUUUUGAGGCAGCUGCAGCCACUGGCCAAUCACAACUCCUCUCCACCUACUAGAGACAGCAGCCCCACCCAUACGGGUGUGGUCUCACCAAUGAAAUCACCCUUCAGGCUCCACAACCGAGUGUAUUCCAACCCGGUCCUGUCAACUGAGCCUGCUUCGUCCAGUGUUCUGUCCCAGGAUGCUGAGUGGUCUCUGACAGACUACAUCCACCACCUGGAGAACGUACAGCAAUGCCUGGGGGCUGCACYUCCAGUUAGCAGGGCUUACUUAGCCCCACCUCCAAGUUCCCCUGAUAUGAUUGGCUAUCGGCAGCGGUGGCUGCAAAAGAACAGGACAUGGCUGUACCUCAGCUGUCUGUCCCCCAUCUACCGGUACGGCCCAGGUGAGGACCUAACUACAAGUACCAGAAUAGACUGCUUCGUUACUAUCUCCCCACAUCACCCUCACCGCACUGAACAAACUACAAGUACAAACUACAAGUACCAGGAUGUACCUCUCAGGGUAGGGCACAAUCUGGUGUAAGCAGGCACAUGUGGGUAGUCACUACAUAGCCAUUCUAAAAUGGACAAUGGUCCAUUGAAUAGUUUUCUUCUGUACUGGGGGUGUUUUUCCACAGACACCUGGGUGUUCAUAUGUUUGUGUGUGAGAGAGAUUGUGUGUUGCCCUUAUCUGGUUCUGACACAUUUUCUCUCUCCUCCAGACUCUCCAUCUCUCCUCUCCUACCACAAGAAGUCUGACCGCUGAAGGAAGGAAUGAAGCAGUGUAUGAAUGCCUCCUUUCAAUCCAACAUCCUUAUGAUCCAUCUUUGUGUUCAAAUAUACAAUGGAAUGUAUUUGUCUAAUAUCUGAUUUAGAAAGUUAGAAUUUAAGACAUAAAAUUAUUUUUUUACGUUUUUUUUUUCCUACAGAUAUUUCUGUCGACCUCCGAAUAACUCCCUAAGAGGUCUUCUCACCCGAAUGCAUGUGUUUUUGAAAGUAUUAGAUCGCUAUUUUUCUACCUUAGUUUUAUACAAGUUUGUAUCUGAUUCUUUAUAUAUGUCCUUGGUUAUUAAUAUUUGUUAAAGUUUCACGUGGAUAAAUGUGUAAAGUUUCACACUGGAAUUCCAAGCUAUAGAUCAAAGCUGGUGGACAUGUUUUGUCAAGGAUUAGUUUUUUUAUCGAUCACCAUUUCUACAAAAUAAAUAUUUAAAUUGUGUGAUUACCUGC